CUUGAACAAAUAUCGCGAGUGUUUUUCUCGUCUAAACUUAGCCUGGAAAGCGUGUAGUAGGCGUCUACAGGGAGAGAAUUUGCUCUCUGCUGUAAAUUCUUGCUGUAACCAGUGCCUAAAUUUUCAACACCCUGGCUUGGCCAGCUGAUUUAUGUGGUUUGCCCCUGUUUGGAAAAUUGUUGAAGUCUGGUUGAGAGCCAAUCCAGUAUCUAAGAGCGAGAACUUUCUACAAAUAAAUCAGAUUUUGGAGAAGUUAUUUUGAAAGAUGGCGGACAGCGCUAGCGUUCAAGCGACAACAGCCGCUCCUAAACCAGCUCACAAGAGAAUAUGGCAUAACUUACGACACAUGUCCGCCGAUCAAAGGAAAGAGUUACUGCUGUUUUUCGCUCUCUCCAUGUCGCUGUGGCUCGUCGGCCAUUUUCACUUCAGCUUCGCUUGGAUUAUCAUGAUUCUUAUGAUCUUUGUGAGCUGGGAGUAUCAGAUGGAGGAGAAGAACAAGCGAAGACAGCGCAUGGAGAAGGCACUUAAGUCCUCGUUUAUCGACAAAAUGGAAAAUCUGCCUUCGUGGGUGUAUUUUCCUGAAAAAGAGCAAGCCGAGUGGGUUAACAGCAUCAUUGAUCAGAUGUGGCCUUACGUCGAUGGGAUGGUCUACAAAAUCUUGAAAGAAAGCGUCGAACCUGAAAUGCAAAAAAACAUGCCCAAGGCCUUGAACACGCUGUAUUUCGAAACUAUCGACCUUGGAAACAAGCCUCCGCACGUGGCGAAUGUGAAGUCUUACGACACUAGGGCCGACCACAAGAAGUCUGAGUUUAUCUUCGACAUGGAUUUAUGCUACAAUGGCGACGCGACAAUCAAGCUGGCAGUUAAAAAUGUCAAGCUAGGUUUGUCAAAUAUCGAGCUGCGCGGAGUUUUGAGGGUGAUUUUCAAGCCUCUGGUUUCUGAAUACAACCCUAUAGGUGGGGUAACUGUGUUUUUCCUGAAUCGACCCAAGCUGAAAUUCGACUUGACAAAUUUGCUGAACGUUCUAGAUCUUCCCGGGCUCAAGAGCUCUCUGCGCCGAAUCACGGAUGAUGUCAUUGCGUCCUUCGUUGUGCUGCCAAACCGCAUCGCUAUUCCUCUGGCCGCUGGAGUAGACGGCAGCGAUCUGCAAUACCCGAUCCCCGAAGGUGUUCUUCGUGUGAAAGUCGUAGAGGCGAAGAACUUGAUCGCCAAGGACAUAGGUCUUUUGAAGAAGGGAAAAUCAGAUCCUUAUACCAUAGUUCGCGUUGGAGCUCAAAGCUUUCGUACCAAAGUCGUCAAAAAUGACCUCGACCCUGAGUGGAACGAGACCUUUGAAGCGUUCAUAGACAACUGCGAAGGACAGCAGAUAGAAGCAGUGAUCUACGAUGAAGACACUUCGUCUAAAGACAGCAAGAUUGGCACCAUAGGUACCGACAUUAAGUCUACAGUGGAGACGGGAUCAAGAGAUCUCUGGCUUCCUUUGGAGGGAGUAAAACAGGGCAGAAUCCACCUUCAGCUCCUGUGGUUCCCUCUAAGUUCCUCAUCCUUUGAUCUGGCACCACCCCCGGAGAAGGGCCUGUCUGUAGCAGCCCUCAUUGUGAAGCCCAUUUCAGCAGCAGCCCUUCCAGUUACCAGUGGAAAGACGGACACCCUUCGCAGCGUUUACUGUGAGAUCACUGUAGGAAAGUCCACCCUUCAGACCUUCCAGUGCACUGGAGAGAAAACAGAGUGGAAACAUGCUCUGCGCUUCUUCGUGGGCGAUCUCGGGGGACAGGAAGCGGAAGUGAAAGUCAUCGAGGCCAAGGGUACUAAAUUGCUGGGCCGAAUGUCCUUCAGUAUCCGUAAGCUACUGAACAAGGACGGUUUGUCCGUGGAAGAGGCUUUCCCCCUGGAGGAAUCCGGAGAAAAGAGUACCUUGACAUGCCGAUUCACUCUGAGGAUUCUCAAAUCAAGCCAGACUAAAACGAGGUAAACCAAUGAUGGAACUUUUUUCUCCCUUUCAAUACUAUUCGUCAUUAAAAAGUGACACAUAUGGUGAAGUUUCCAGAGUACUUUGUAACAGAUAACAUUGAAUAUUUUCGUACAAUUUUGUAUAACAUUGACAAUUAAGAUGAUACUUUUUCUCGUUGAUAUUUUUUCCUUGCAGUUUAAUUUAUGAUACACUUCGAAACAAACUCGAUCAUAAAUGACAAAAAAUCGAGAUACAGUCAGCGCAUUUAUAUUUCUCAAAACAUUUACCGUUUUGUUCGAAUUUUACCAGACGAAAUAUUCCUAACAAUCUUUUUCUAUUUUUCUAUUUGAGAACAACUUUUCAUUGUGUCAAGAACGCAUUUACCGUUACUGUUUGUACUUUCGGACUGGGAUUCUGCUAGAGUGAAAUUAUUUGAAUUUCAAAUGGGCAGUUAAUUAAAUUGUGGGUUAAAUUUGUAUUUUUUCUUCUUUUUGCUAUUCUUGGUUUGCAACCACGUGACAAGGCGGCCAUGUCUGAGGUCAAAACAUGACAUUUUUUGGCAGAAUUUGUCUCAAACAAACAAACAAACAAAAUGAAUGAGUGACAAGGGAAGGCUCUAGUUCUCGACGGAGGGAAAUGCUUUCUCAGCAACAUCAUGUCCGCCGUGACGUAAGCUGCAAACCAGCAGGUAAUGGACCUUUAUAACAAAGCCAUCAGACCUGUACGAUCUUGUAACCAAGCUUAAAUGUUAAAGAGCUAAUUGAGUGGUUGAUCUGUAGAUUCUUACUGUAAUGAAAUCCUCAUUAAAUUAAUUGAACUUCUCAUUCUUGUCGCUUUGUCUUGGCUUUAACUUAAAUGGGAUAAUUUAAACUAUCCUAGCGGAGUUUUCUGGAAAACGGACACGAAAUACAUUGUUUGCAUGGAGAAAUGGAAAGUGAGGUACACUCGUGAAUUUGUUUUCUUAGAAUUUUAAAUUUCAAAAAUUGUCGUGCCAGAUUUAAGAUUUUUCUGCAGAAAAAAAAACUAAAAAGGCCGCUUAUAUUGGUCUCAAAGGGAAUAGUGCGAGGGAAACGCGCGCGAAAAACUUCUCGCGAGUACACGCGAAACGAGGGAGGUGAUUCUCCGUCCACUUGUAUGUUUGCUCGCUCUAAUAUCGUUGUGUAACUCGUGCAAACAAUUAUUUCGUGUAACGUGAUUGCCUGCUCUCCUUUUAAAAAAAAACUUGCCCUCUUCUCAUGCAGAUUCUUCUCUACUCUGAUGGUGCUAUGCCAUGAAAACAUAACCCGCAAUCUGAAUAUAGAGAAUGUUUUAACUUUUCAUUGAUGCGCUGAUGAUAACAAGCACUAACUCUGCUUUGCGAGGCUGCUUUCGCUAAUUAUAGCUUUGAUAAGCGAUGUUAUGCUAGGAAGAUUACGUCACAAUCUAGCGGACAAACACCUCCUUACUAUUAUACCCUGGGAGGUACCUUGCUGGCGAUUUGUUUCAUAAUUAUGAUCGUUGCAACAGAAAACGAAAAUGAAUGAAGAAAGAAGAAAUAAGUGUUUCUUCUUGCAAUGUUCCGGUGACGAAAAGAAUGACAGAAAUUUUCUUAAUGUCAUACAUUCUCCAUCGAGCGCUCGGGAUGUCUAAACGUGACAUUUGAGUGAGAAAUGUGGAGCAGCCCUUGACCCGCCCAGUUAUAAACAGGUCUCAUAAAGGACUGGAAAAAGGGUAUGGGCUUGUAAGGGCCAGGGAUUAAAUAUUCUUUUGUCUACUAAGACGUGCAAACGAGGUUUGCCUCGUAUUAAUGUCAAGACUUUGGUAAAUGUUAUGAACACUUCCUCGAACUAGGUCAUGAUCAGUGCAGUCCGGCCGAAAGCUGAAUUUUGGAAAUGAUUAGUCACGACUUCUUUUGUUUAGUCGUGGAAUCAAUCUUUCCCAGAGGGUCUUUUCCAGCUAGCUCUUUCCCUUGAGCGAGAAAAGGGGCGAGUAACGGAGAGGACGCUGGGAACCAGGUUACUUUGGUCUCUCUUUAGUCUCUCUGCUGGCUAGUGGCAAAAAAGAAACGGAGAGAGAUGUUUUAGAGGCUUGACUUCCUUAACCAGAGUACAUUCGUAAUGGUGACAGAGCAAACAAAGUCACAAAAAAUGUCAAGUUUCGUGUCGUGAAAUCAUGAGAUAAAUCCUACCAUGCAAACGAUUUGCAAAAGAUGUUUCAUUUGAAUGGUAACACCAUAGGAUUUCGUCCCCAGAUUCAAAGAAUUGUAAAAGACGAAUUAUCCAAUUAUUAUUAGCUAGAAUUUUUUUUGUGACUUUGACACAAAAAGCUUAGCGAAAUCGAGACGUAAUUUUCAUAAUAAUAACAAUUUGCUUGUUGUAGUUCGGGAAGUGAACUCACAGAAGUUGAUUCUGGAACCCAGCCCUUGUCGCAACCCAUAAUAAUACCAAAAGUUGUCAUAAACGGAGUGAGUGCAGAUGAACAACCAGAAGUGAAAGACGAACACGAUAAAAAUUCAGAUGCCGGAAGUGUGUACGACGGAAGUGUAUAUGGCACUGGCAGCUACCAGGACUCGACAGAAGACUUGUCCAGCAAAGGGCACAUCGAUCUUCAUUUGAAGUAAGUGGUUUGUUUGCCUGUGAGGAAGCUCAUUUCGGUGUCAUGGGAAGGAGAGGCAUGUUAAAAAAUUAACUGGUACGCUUAAACUCUCCUUUAGGCUGGAUAGCUGGCGGGAUUAAUCACCUCGGAGUGGGUACUCCGCUCCAAGGUCCAACCCCUUACCCUGUUUAUACACCAUUUUUGACUGAAAGGUACCCAUUUCGUAUACCUUUUAUUGACAAAUGGUACCCCUAACUGCUGUAAAUGCACCGUCUUUUAAAUAUAAAUAGAUCACUUAACCAGAAAGUUUUCUUGCCAUUUUCUCAGUCAUAAAGCCUGGAAAAGAAUGAGUCAUUCAUUUCGCGUGUUUGCAAGAGUCAAUAUGGAGUGAAUAUAUUUUACAGGAUAUUUUUUUCUCUGAAAUCACCCACCCCUCUUUCCCUCAAAAGUUAAAUGGUCGGCUCCAUAGUGCGUCAUUCAGCCCACCCACCCCUCCCUCCUUCCCGAUCUUUUCAAUUCAUCUCUCGCAAUGACGUUACCCUCUGGUCGUUUUAGCGAAAAUUCUUGAUGUUCAAACACUAAAAUGAAAAUCGAACACCAGCUAAAUUUUUCUUUGCCGAGUUUUUAUCUGUUAUUCCUUUCAGCAAGCUUUUACGUCCUCUUGUUUUCAGGUAUAGCCUUUUAAAGAACCGUCUUUAUGUCACCGUCAAAAGCUUCAAAGAUCUUGUGUCACCUGACCCGGCCAGCAAGACCAAUCCGCUGGUCCGUCUGUACUUGCUUCCAGACCGUUCCAAACGCACCCGGCGAGCUACCAAGGAGCUUUCGGGAACCUUAAACGGAGUGUUGAACGAGACUUUCGAGUACAUCGUGGGCCUUGAUCAGCUACGAACCAUGCAGAUAGAUGUCGCUGUAAAGAGUGAUCGAGGAUUCAAAAUUGGGCGAGCGCGGAAUCAUUUAAUCGGGACAGCGGUUGUGGAUUUGUCUCAAAAGGCACUUUCUGACGGCUGUGACGUCACAUGCGAGUUGAGAAAGUUUAGCCUUACGUUUUGACCAGACACUAACAGGGUCCUGUUGGACUUUAGUAAUAGCUGAAUUUUAACAUCUU